AUGCUCAACCGCUGUUAUCUCAACUAUCGAGGUUUGAAGUCAGCUGGAGAUGGCAAUGGCUAUUCCGUGGAGGACCACGAGGUUAAGCUCUGGGUGGACGCCACCUCUGCUACCCCCGCCAAUGCUGCCCCAAAUAAAGGGGAUCAGCAGGCUGUGGGGCCUACCAUUCACCUGUUGGGUUCCCUUGGGCUUUGCUCCACAGGCUACUGGGUUGGCGCCUGCCAGUGCACAAGCAGGAUAAUGCCCCAGUUCUCCCAGGAUUUCCAUGGCCAGUGUCCUAAAGAGAGGGGAGUCUGUUCUGACAUUGCAAGGCAAUUUGACCUGCCUGAGAGACAAAGUAAGUUGAACACCAUGUUGCGGGAAGAAGGCCUGAAAGAUGAACAAGUAUACUGCGUGUGCCGCACAUCUGAUGUGUCCCGCUUUAUGAUCGGCUGUGACAAGUGUGAGGAGUGGUACCAUGGUGACUGUAUCAACGUUACAGAGAGUGAAGCCAACAAAAUUAAGAAGUUUUUUUGUGAAAAAUGUAGACUGAAAGAGCCUUCUCUUGAGAUUAAGUACAAGCAGAAGAAGACUCACCACCAUCAUCAUCAUGAUGACAAUAAGUAUCAUAGAGAUAAGGAGAGGAAAGACAAAGAAAGGAAGGACAGGGAGAAGAAAGAUAAGGAGAGAAAAGACCUGGAAAGACGAGAUAAAGAUAAGCACAAGCACGACAGACACUCUGCCCCAAAGAGUAAAAGCAGCAGUACUAAGAACAGCAGUAGUCAUCGUUGUGGUGCUUGUGAGGCAUGCUACCAGAGGGAAGAUUGUGGACGCUGUGAAAAUUGUAAAGACAUGCCCAAAUUUGGUGGGCCACAUAAACUCCGUCAGAAGUGUAAAAAGAGACAGUGUCACAAUUUUGUUCAGCUUGCUCAGAAGCCAAACAAAAACAGCAGUAGCACAAGCAGUAGGAAACACAGAGACUAUGAAAAGGAGAAGUUAACGAAACCACCCCAACCAUUGCCAGCAAUUACUGCAGAGUCUGGUGAUGAUUAUAUGACUGUUUUAAAAGAUAAGAAUGAGUUAAGUGAUGAUGACUUAUGGGAACCAGGAAAGAAGCAGGGGAAAGAUUCUUCACACACUGAUAGGAAGACUAAAGACAAGGAACCAAUUCCACAUAGUCGUAAGAGAAAAGAACAGAUUAAUGUAAGCAGAAAUAAGAGACGACGCCAUGAACCAGAUUCAUCAGACUCAGACUCAGAUGCAGGUUGGCUAAAGGGAGAAGCUAUUGCAGUGAGGCAGUGCUUUGGUCCUCAGUGUAUAAAAGCAGCCCGGCCAAAUAGCAAAUACUGUAGUGAUGAAUGUGGUUUAAAAUUAGCAGAAGCAAGGAUUUAUUCAGUAUUACCACAACGUAUUCAAGAGUGGAAGAUGAUGGAGUGUGUAGCUGAAACCCGUGAUAUCAGGCAACUUGAAAAAAUUAGAAAGCAGCAGUUGGAGGCUCGGGAAGUACUUCAGCAGCUUGAUCAGAGACAUUUGGAUAUUGACAAAUUGCUUGAGCGAGGAAAAAAUGCAAAGAUUGACCCUAAUGCAGAUGAUGGCGGCGAUGAUGAUAGUGGAGACAGUGCAUUUAUUUAUUGUGUCACCUGUGGCCACGAAGUGCCUGCCAGAAGAGCAAUACGUCACUUGGAAAACUGCUUCAACAAAGUGAGUGCAAAGAAAAAGGGGUUUAUUAUGUCAAGAUCUUCAGAGAGUUAUCUUCUUUCUCGACUAUUUUUCUACAAAUGUCAUUAGUAGUUAUAGGAUAUA